GGGAAGGCGGCGGCGCCGAGGGGAGGAGACCGGCCCAUGGACCCGCGGGGCCCGGCGCCCCAGACUCUGCGCCGCCGGGACGGAGCCCAAGAUGUCGGCCUAGGCCGGGACGCGACGACGCGGACGGGGCGGCGACAAGGCGCCGCAGCUGCUGGGGCUCGCGGCCGCAGGACCCCCGGGGGCUCGCCCUGACGGACUGGCCGAGCGGGCGGCGAGAGGCCGGCGCGUCGGGAGCGGGCCGCGCGGCACCAUGUCGGCCAAGGUGCGGCUCAAGAAGCUGGAGCAGCUGCUCCUGGACGGGCCCUGGCGCAACGAGAGCGCCCUGAGCGUGGAGACGCUGCUCGACGUGCUCGUCUGCCUGUACACCGAGUGCAGCCACUCGGCCCUGCGCCGCGACAAGUAUGUGGCCGAGUUCCUCGAGUGGGCUAAACCAUUUACACAGCUGGUGAAGGAAAUGCAGCUUCAUCGAGAAGACUUUGAAAUAAUUAAAGUAAUUGGAAGAGGCGCUUUUGGUGAGGUUGCUGUUGUCAAAAUGAAGAACACUGAACGGAUUUAUGCAAUGAAAAUCCUCAACAAGUGGGAGAUGCUUAAAAGGGCAGAGACUGCUUGUUUCCGAGAAGAGCGUGACGUUCUGGUGAAUGGUGACUGUCAGUGGAUCACCACGCUGCACUACGCUUUCCAAGAUGAAAACUAUCUGUAUUUAGUCAUGGAUUACUACGUGGGUGGUGAUUUACUGACUCUGCUCAGUAAGUUUGAAGACAAGCUUCCAGAAGAUAUGGCAAGAUUCUAUGUCGGUGAGAUGGUGCUGGCCAUUGACUCCAUCCAUCAGCUUCACUACGUGCACAGAGACAUUAAACCUGACAAUGUCCUUUUGGACAUGAAUGGUCAUAUCCGCCUGGCCGACUUUGGAUCAUGUUUGAAGAUGAAUGAUGAUGGAACUGUUCAGUCCUCUGUGGCUGUGGGCACACCUGACUACAUCUCACCUGAGAUUCUGCAGGCAAUGGAGGAUGGCAUGGGCAAGUACGGGCCUGAGUGCGACUGGUGGUCCCUGGGUGUCUGCAUGUACGAGAUGCUUUAUGGAGAAACGCCAUUUUAUGCAGAGUCACUCGUGGAGACCUAUGGGAAGAUCAUGAACCAUGAAGAGCGAUUUCAGUUCCCUUCCCAUGUCACAGAUGUAUCUGAAGAAGCAAAAGACCUCAUUCAGAGGUUGAUCUGCAGCAGAGAGCGCCGGCUAGGGCAGAAUGGAAUAGAGGAUUUCAAAAAGCACGCAUUUUUUGAAGGUCUAAAUUGGGAAAAUAUACGAAAUCUAGAAGCACCUUAUAUUCCCGACGUGAGCAGUCCUUCGGACACAUCCAACUUUGAUGUAGAUGAUGAUGUGCUAAGAAAUACUGAUAUACUGCCUCCUGCUUCUCACACAGGCUUUUCUGGAUUACAUCUGCCCUUCAUUGGCUUCACAUUUACAACAGAAAGCUGUUUUUCUGAUCGAGGCUCUCUGAAGAGCAUAAUGCAGUCUAAUACCUUAACCAAAGAUGAGGAUGUGCAGCGGGAUUUAGAGAACAGCUUGCAGAUUGAAGCUUAUGAAAGGAGGAUACGAAGACUAGAGCAAGAGAAGCUGGAGCUGAGCAGGAAGCUGCAAGAGUCCACCCAGACUGUGCAGUCUCUUCACGGUUCAACGCGGGCCCUGGGCAAUUCAAACCGAGAUAAAGAAAUCAAAAAGCUAAAUGAAGAAAUUGAACGUUUAAAGAAUAAAAUAGCGGAUUCAAAUAGGCUCGAGCGACAUCUUGAAGAUACAGUGACAUUUCGCCAGGAGCACGAGGACUCCACGCAUCGGCUGAAGGGACUGGAGAAGCAGUACCGCAUGGUGCGGCAGGAGAAGGAGGAUCUGCACAAGCAAUUGGUUGAGGCUUCAGAGCGAUUGAAAUCCCAGGCCAAAGAACUCAGAGAUGCCCAGCAGCAGCGGAAGCUGGCCCUGCAAGAGUUCUCAGAGCUCAACGAGCGCAUGGCGGAGCUCCGCUCCCAGAAGCAGAAGUUGUCCCGGCAGCUCCGGGACAAAGAAGAGGAGACGGAGGUGGCCAUGCAGAAAAUGGACUCGAUGCGGCAGGAAAUCCGCAAAUCAGAGAAGUUUAGGAAAGAGCUGGAAGCUCAGCUCAAGGAUGCUGUCACUGAGGCCUCAAAGGAGCGCAAGCUUCGCGAGCACAGCGAGAACUUCUCCAAGCAAAUAGAAAGUGAGCUUGAGGCCCUCAAGACAAAGCAAGGAGGCCGGGGACCAAGCGCCACUUUAGAACAUCAGCAAGAGAUUUCUAAAAUAAAAUCGGAGCUGGAGAAGAAAGUCUUGUUUUAUGAAGAGGAAUUGGUCAGGCGUGAGGCCUCCCAUGUGCUGGAAGUGAAAAAUGUGAAAAAGGAGGUGCAUGACUCAGAAAGCCACCAACUGGCCCUGCAGAAAGAAAUUUUAAUGUUAAAAGAUAAAUUAGAGAAGUCAAAACGAGAACGGCAUAAUGAGAUGGAGGAGGCAGUAGGUACAAUAAAAGAUAAAUACGAACGGGAAAGAGCAAUGCUCUUUGAUGAAAACAAGAAAUUAACUGCUGAAAAUGAAAAGCUUUGUUCCUUUGUGGAUAAACUCACAGCUCAAAAUAGACAGCUGGAGGAUGAGCUGCAGGACCUGGCAGCCAAGAAGGAAUCAGUUGCCCACUGGGAAGCUCAGAUUGCAGAAAUCAUCCAGUGGGUCAGUGAUGAGAAAGAUGCCCGGGGUUACCUUCAAGCUCUUGCUUCUAAGAUGACCGAAGAGCUCGAAACUUUGAGGAGUUCUAGUCUGGGAUCAAGAACACUGGAUCCACUUUGGAAAGUUCGCCGCAGUCAGAAGCUGGACAUGUCCGCCCGGCUGGAAUUGCAGUCUGCUCUCGAGGCGGAGAUCCGCGCCAAGCAGCUUGUUCAAGAGGAGCUGAGGACUGCCAAAGACACCAACCUCUCCUUUGAAAGUAAACUAAAGGAUUCUGAAGCCAAAAACAGAGAAUUAUUAGAAGAAAUGGAAAUUUUGAAGAAAAAAUUGGAAGAAAAAUUUAGAGCAGAUACCGGGCUCAAACUUCCAGAUUUUCAGGAUUCUAUUUUUGACUAUUUCAAUGCUGCACCUCUUGCACAUGAUCUGACAUUUAGAGCUAGCUCGACUAGUGAGCAAGAAACACACACUCCAAAACUAGAAGUGUCCCCAUCGACUUCUGUGGCUGCAAGCACGGAACAGCAGGAGGACAUGGCUCGGCCCUCGCAGAGGUCUCCUGCUGUGCCGUCAUCCACGACACAGGCCCUUGCUCUGGCUGGACCCAAGCCAAAAGCUCACCAGUUCAGCAUCAAGUCCUUCUCCAGCCCCACGCCAUGCAGCCACUGUACCUCCCUGAUGGUUGGGCUGAUCCGGCAGGGCUACGCCUGUGAGGUGUGCGCCUUCGCUUGCCACGUGUCCUGCAAAGACAGUGCUCCGCAGGUGUGCCCAAUACCUCCUGAGCAGUCCAAGAGACCUCUGGGUGUGGACGUGCAGAGAGGCAUAGGGACAGCCUACAAAGGUUACGUCAAGGUCCCAAAGCCCACCGGGGUGAAGAAGGGAUGGCAGCGUGCAUAUGCAGUGGUCUGCGACUGUAAGCUCUUUCUGUAUGAUCUUCCUGAAGGAAAAUCCACCCAGCCCGGCGUCGUUGCCAGCCAGGUCUUAGAUCUCAGAGAUGAAGAAUUUUCGGUGAGCUCAGUCCUGGCCUCAGAUGUCAUACAUGCUACCCGCCGGGACAUUCCGUGUAUAUUCAGGGUGACGGCCUCUCUCUUAGGUGCACCUUCUAAGACCAGCUCACUACUCAUUCUGACAGAAAAUGAGAACGAAAAGAGGAAGUGGGUUGGGAUUCUAGAAGGACUGCAGGCCAUCCUCCAUAAGAACCGCCUGAAGAACCAGGUCGUGCAUGUUCCGCAGGAGGCCUACGACAGCACGCUGCCCCUCAUCAAGGCUGUCCUGACGGCUGCCAUCGUGGAUGGAGACAGGAUUGCAGUGGGCUUAGAAGAAGGCCUCUAUGUGAUAGAAGUCACCCGAGACGUGAUCGUCCGUGCUGCCGACUGUAAGAAAGUGUACCAGAUUGAGCUUGCUCCCAAAGAGAAAAUCAUAGUCCUCCUCUGCGGCCGGAACCACCACGUCCAUCUCUACCCCUGGUCUUCCUUCGAUGGAGCUGAAGGGAACUUUGAUAUCAAGCUCCCGGAAACAAAAGGCUGCCACCUCAUAGCGACUGCGACGCUGAAGAAGAACUCUUCCACCUGCCUGUUUGUAGCCGUGAAACGGCUGAUCCUUUGCUAUGAGAUCCAGAGAACUAAACCUUUCCACAGAAAGUUCAGUGAGAUUGUGGCUCCUGGCAGCGUGCAAUGGAUGGCCGUGUUCAAGGACAAGCUCUGUGUUGGCUACCCUUCUGGGUUCUCUCUGUUGAGCAUCCAGGGAGAUGGGCAGUCCCUAAACCUGGUAAAUCCCAAUGACCCCUCGCUUACGUUCCUCUCACAACAGUCUUUUGAUGCCCUUUGUGCUGUGGAGCUCAAAAGUGAGGAGUACCUGCUUUGCUUCAGCCACAUGGGACUGUACGUGGACCCACAAGGCCGGAGGUCACGCAUGCAGGAGCUCAUGUGGCCUGCGGCUCCUGUUGCCUGUAGUUGCAGUGCCUCCCACGUCACAGUGUACAGCGAGUAUGGAGUCGAUGUCUUUGACGUGCACACCAUGGAGUGGGUGCAGACCAUCGGCCUGCGGAGGAUAAGACCACUGAACUCUGAAGGCAGCCUCAACCUCCUCGGCUGCGAGCCUCCACGCUUGAUCUACUUCAAGAGCAAGUUCUCGGGAGCAGUUCUCAACGUGCCUGACACCUGUGACAACAGCAAGAAGCAGAUGCUUCGAACCAGAAGCAAAAGACGAUUUGUCUUCAAGGUCCCAGAGGAAGAGAGGUUGCAGCAGCGGAGAGAGAUGCUUAGGGACCCAGAAUUGAGAUCCAAAAUGAUAUCCAACCCGACCAACUUCAACCACGUGGCUCACAUGGGCCCAGGCGACGGCAUGCAGGUGCUCAUGGACCUGCCUCUGAGUGCUGCACCGCCCUCCCAGGAGGAACGGCCUGGCCCUGCCCCCACCAGCCUGUCUCGGCCGCCUCCAUCCAGGAGCAAGCCCUACAUCUCAUGGCCCUCGUCAGGUGGAUCAGAACCCGGAGUGACUAUGCCUCUGAGAAGUAUGUCCGAUCCCGACCAGGACUUUGACAAAGAGCCUGAUUCGGAUUCCACCAAACACUCACUCCAUCGAACAGCUCCAACCCCAGCGGCCCGCCCAGCCCCAACUCCCCCCAUAGGAGCCAGCUCCCCCUCGAAGGCCUGGAGCAGCCGGCCUGCGACGCCUGAAGCCACCAGCUGCCCACCUUGCCACCGCGGGGCCAGGGAGCUGGGGGUGGCCUCCAACGUCAGUGCCAAGACUGAGCUGACCCUGCAGUGUUUCCAUGGAAGUGUAGAAUCAAUUUGUAGAUAUCAAGAUGAAGACAAAUCUUUAUUAUUAUAAUCAGUUUUAUGCUGCGGUGUUCGUGGUGGUAGACCAGAUCCGUUCAUCUGCACAGCUGUGAGGCAACACUGUUCCAUUUGCACAUGAAGGACCACCACCCAGCCCCCACCCGCUGAGAAGACCCCUCCCACACCAGCUUCCUCAGAAACCAUUAGAGCAGCCUGCGUAGGACAUGGACAGCUGGAGACAUGGCCUCAGAAACUAGUCUUCCAUGUUUCCUGAAACUGUUGCCUAGGACCUUAGGAGAAUUGUAAGAAUUUGUAUACCAUUCCCAGUGUCACUAGAAUAGUGAAGACAGAGGAAAGUGGAGGUUAGUUUGUGGCCUUUUCAUUCAUUAGCCAUUGCAUAGUCAGCUGUAGAAAUCUGACCACCGAGUCGUGGACAGAGGCCUGGGACCAGCGUCCCUGUGCAUUAGUCCACUCUGGGCCACAGCCAUGCGUUUCACCAGUAUCUACCACUGUGAAGUCAGCUGGGCUCUUGUUUUCCACUCGCUUCCACGGCUUCUGCCUCCUACCAUAAAACCAGCGAGUGCCGUGGUGCAGGCAGGCCUGCUGGGCUGAGAGGAGGCCAGGGCCCCGGGAGCCACGCAGCAGGCACUGGGACAGCCCCCACGCCCUGUCCCACCCCCGCAUGGAAUCCCCGUGAUCAGCAGCCCUUACCGAUCAUGUAGAAUCAGCCAACGCACUCCUGCACACCGGCCCAGCCACCACGUGGUGAGGCCCCACGCGUGUAUUUAAUCCCACCCUUCUUUGUACCAUAUGCUGAGUGAUCAGGUCUGUGGCUCUGUCUCACUAAAGGCUUGUGACUAACUGUGGCAGCAAACAGGCUGCCGCUUGCGGCCAACCAGUCAACGUGCUUGCGACACUGUUGCACAUGCACUUACCUGAGUCGGCACCGAGUGACCUGGCACCACUGCCCGUGCCCCUCCUGUCACACCCAGCACCUGCCCGCCCCACUACCCUCCUGGACCUUCUGCUGGGGUCGACACCUGCUGGGGAUUCUGGUUUCUACUUUUUUAAUGUAAGUCUGAGUCUUUGUAAUUAUUGAAUCGUGAGAACAUUUUUGAACAAUUUACCUGUCAAUAAAGCAAAAGACAGCA